AGUUGGAUUGUAUUAUUUGUUGUUGGUGGGAAUCUUGGGGAAUGGCAGGACAUCAGUCGGCGUUGCUCUUACGUAAGCAGUUAACCGAACUAAAUAAAAAUCCAGUAGAAGGAUUCUCAGCUGGAUUGAUUGAUGACAAUGAUAUUUAUAAGUGGGAGGUUCUCAUCAUUGGACCACCGGAUACAUUAUAUGAAGGAGGCUUCUUCAAAGCUCAUCUUUAUUUUCCAAAGGAUUAUCCUUUGAAGCCACCGAAAAUGAAAUUCAUUACUGACAUCUGGCAUCCAAACAUUGAGAAAAAUGGAGAUGUGUGUAUAUCAAUACUGCAUGAGCCUGGUGAUGACAAAUAUGGAUAUGAGAAAGCAUCAGAAAGGUGGCUUCCUGUCCACACUGUAGAAACCAUCAUGAUCUCAGUUAUCUCCAUGCUUGCUGAUCCUAAUGAUGAGUCUCCUGCAAAUGUAGAUGCAGCAAAAGACUUUAGAGAGAACUACAAAAUUUUUAAAAGGAAAGUUGCUUCCUGUGUAAGAAAGAGUCAAGAGGAAGUAUAGGGUUAAUUAUCCUAGGCAAUUGGAUGGUAAGAUAU